CCCCACUUUCCAUUGCCAAAUUUGAUUAAAUCACCUGCACCAUCUAAACUAAAUUGUGUCAAAGAAUAAGGAAAUGGCUCUUGUUUAUGGAAGUGUUCAAAGUUCAGUUGUUGCAGAAGGGCUCUGCUUCUACCCUGAUGCCUCUAUGGUGUCUAAAAUCUUCACGGUGCUAGCAAUGGUUGCAGGGUUAGUGGGGUAUUUGUAUGGCCCAUAUUGGAAGGUGAGAAGGGUGCCUGGUCCACCAACUAUCCCACUGGUAGGACACCUGCCUAUGAUGACUAAGUACGGCCCUGGUGUGUUUUCGGUUCUUGCUAAACAAUACGGUCCUAUUUUCAGGUUUCACAUGGGAAGACAACCCCUGAUAAUUGUAGCAGAUGCAGAGCUCUGUAAAGAAGUUGGAAUCAAGAAAUUCAAGGAUAUUCCAAACAGAAGCAUUCCCACACCUAUUGCUGCCUCCCCACUUCAUCAAAAGGGUCUUUUUUUCACCCGGGAUUCAAGAUGGUCGACUAUGAGAAACACUAUCUUAUCUGUGUACCAACCAUCACACUUGGCAAACCUAGUUCCAUCCAUGCAGAAUUGUAUUGAAUCCGCUACUGAAAAUCUCCAUUCAUCUAAACAAGACGUUGUUUUCUCUAACCUCUCACUCAAACUGGCAACUGAUGUAAUUGGACAAGCUGCUUUUGGGGUUAACUUUGGCCUCACCACACCACAAUCAAUCAAUCAGAGUGAUGAAGUCUCUGAUUUCAUUGAUCAACAUAUCUAUUCCACAACACAACUUAAGAUGGACUUGUCAGGUUCUCUGUCUAUUAUACUAGGUCUACUUGUUCCCAUACUGCAGGAGCCUUUCAGGCAGAUUUUGAAACGAAUACCUGGAACCAUGGAUUGGAAAAUUGAGAGGACUAACAAGAAGCUGAGUGGCAGGCUUGAUGAGAUUGUAUCGAACAGAAUGAAAGACGAGAACCGAGGUUCAAAGGACUUCUUGUCUCUAAUAUUGAGUGCAAGGGAAUCACAAAAUGUUGCUACCAAUGUUUUUACACCGGACUACAUAAGUGCAAUUACUUAUGAGCACCUUCUUGCUGGUUCAGCAACAACAUCCUUUACAUUAUCGUCGAUCGUCUAUUUAGUUUCCGGACAUCCUGAGGUUGAGAAAAAGUUGGUGGAAGAGAUUGAUGGGUUUGGUCCACAUAACCAGGUGCCAACUGCUUAUGAUCUCCAACAUAAAUUUCCUUAUCUUGAUCAGGUGAUUAAAGAAGCUAUGAGGUUCUACGUAGUUUCUCCCUUGGUUGCAAGAGAAACAUCAAAAGAAGUGGAGAUCGGAGGCUACCUUCUGCCUAAGGGAACUUGGGUGUGGUUAGCAAUUGGGGCCUUAGCCAAAGAUCCAAAAAAUUUCCCAAACCCAGAUAAGUUUAUACCGGAGCGUUUUGAUCCAAAUUGUGAAGAAGAAAAAGGAAGGCACCCUUAUGCUCUUAUACCCUUCGGUAUCGGGCCUCGGGCAUGUGUUGGCCAGAAGUUUUCCUUGCAGGAAAUCAAACUCUCCUUGAUUCAUCUAUAUCGGAAAUGUACAUUUCGACAUUCUACCGCCAUGGAGAACCCUUUGAAGCUUGAAUACGGCCUAGUUCUCAACUUCAAACAUGGCGUAAAGCUCACUGUCACGAAAAGAACAUGAUUAUUGUAUCUGACUGGGUUAUAUAUUCUCAGUCCUAU